CGGGUCGACCCGUUUUGUGUCUUCCUCCCCGACCAGACUUGAUGAACUUUUAAGUCACGAGUACUCUUGUCUUCUUCGUCUUUUAUCUGAACUUUUGCUUCGACUUUCGAUCAAAGAUGGGAAGAUGUUCAACGAAGAAGGUGUAUCUGAUUCAAAGUCCGAUUCUGUUUCUUCAUCUCAUGAUCUCAUUCUCAUCCGGUGCAGUGAAGUCGGAUUCGAGAGGAGUAUGCGUAUCUAAAGGAGGACGCUUUCCACCAUAUGAAUCACAAGGAAAGCCUCCUAACUCUGUUGGUAGAGGAUCCAAGGAUCUUAUAAUGUGCCGUGUGUUCCGUAAAAGUACAUGUUGCUCUCCUGCUCAGACAAUCCCAGCUUUCGUAGCUGUCAGAAACUUAGCUACUCAUGGAGAAGCUAGUCAAGACUGUCUGCAUUUGUUCGAGCUAUUAGAGUGUUCAAUCUGUAACCCGAACGUCGGUGUUCAACCCGGUCCUCCUCGCAUUUGCGCCUCCUUUUGUGACAGAGUCUUUGAAGCUUGUAAAGACGCAUACUUCGCUAGUAAUGCACUUACACAGACGAUUGGUCCCUGUGGAGUACAUGACGACAUCAUCUGCGUUAAGGCCUCAAAUUGGGAGUCUAACGGCACAUCAUUCUGUGAAGCAGCUGGUUUCUCUGUUCAGACAAAUGAAGAUUCUAGAGAAGAACCGUGUUACGGAAGCAAAGCAAGUCUAGAAUCAGUGGUGGAAUCAUGGUCUAGAGACUCGAAGAAGAAGACCUCUUUCAGGACAGAAACUUUGUCAUGUUUUAAAGAUCUUCUGCAAUGGGUUCGUGUAAUGACAACUAUUCAGAAGGUUUCUUUGGGUGUGUCGUUUCUUGUUGCAGGAAUGUUCUUGAUCAGGCAAUGGAAUAACCUUAAGCAGAAGCAGAGACUAGCUGCGAUACAAAAAGCUGCUAGAAGAUUGGGAGGGGAUGUGAAUGGAGAUUCAUACACUGCAGCUUUAAAUAGAAGAAUAGUUCAAGAUUGA